GAGCAGCGCCGCAUCGAGUCGGGCGAGGGCGGCCGCACGAUCUUCACCGGCGAGUGGAAGCGCACGCCCGAGCAGCGCGCGGUCUGUGCCGAGCUCGAGCGGGUCGCACAGGAGGUCGGCGCACAGCACAUCACGUCUGUUGCUAUCGCGUGGAUCAUGCAGAAGGUCCCGUACGUCUUCCCGAUCGUCGGCGGCCGCAAGGUCGAGCACCUCCACCAGAACAUCGAGGCGCUCUCGAUCCGCCUCUCGGACGAGCAGAUCAAGCGCCUCGACGGGACCGUGCCCUUCAAGAAGGGUUUCCCGUACGAAGAUUUUGGUGACGGGAGCGAAUACAGCACUGUUCACAAGAUGCUGGGACACUUUGACAUGUGGCCCAGUGCACAGCCCAUCAAGCCUCAGCGAAGGAGCUAG